AUCGGAGUUUAUUUGCAAAGCCACAGCAGACCCCCUUAACCAGCCAGUGCCAUGAGUCUUAACCUAGAAACCCAGAGGGUGUCGUCCUACAGGAGGAUGUUUCCGGGCCGGGGCUUGAAGAAGCAGUCCAGCGGACGGUACUCCCUGGGCAGCUCCCCUCGCUAUGGCCCCAUCAUGUUCUCCAGCAGCCCGCGGGUCUCUAUGGGGCGGGUGAAGAGCUCUGUGCUGGGGCUGAGCCAGGACCGGGUGGACUUCUCCCUGGCCGACGCCCUCAACGCCGAAUACAAGGAGACCCGCACCAACGAGAAGGUGGAGAUGAUGGACCUGAACGACCGCUUUGCCAGCUACAUCGAGAAGGUGCGCUUCCUGGAGCAGCAGAACAAGGUGCUGGCGGCGGAGCUGAACCAGAUCAGGGGCAAGGAGCCCACCAGGCUGGGAGACAUCUACCAGCAAGAGCUGCGGGAGCUGAGGAAGCAGGUGGACCAGCUCAGCACCGCCAAGGCCAGGACUGACAUCGAGAGGGACAACCUGGCCCAGGACCUGGGCAACCUGCGGCAGAAGUUAGAGGACGAGAUCAAUCUGCGUCUGGAGGCUGAGAAUAACCUGCACUCCUACAGACAGGAUGUUGACGAGGCUGCGCUGAACCGUGUCGCGCUGGAGAGGAAGAUUGAAGCCCUGCACGAGGAGAUCAACUUCCUCAAGAAAAUCCACGAUGAGGAGCUGCGAGAGAUCCUGGAGCAGGUGUCCAGCCAGCAGGUCCACGUGGACAUGGACAUGUCCAAACCAGACCUGACCACAGCGCUGAGGGACAUCCGCACCCAGUAUGAAGCCAUGGCCAGCUCCAACAUGCAGGAGACUGAGGAGUGGUAUCGGUCCAAGUUUUCAGACAUGACGGAUGCAGCCAAUAGGAAUGGAGAGGCGCUGCGGCAGGCGAAGCAGGAAGCCAAUGAGUACCGGCGCCAGAUCCAGGUCAUGACCUGCGACCUGGAGGCACUUAGAGGAAGCAACGAGUCUCUGGAGAGGCAGAUGCGUGAGAUGGAGGAGCAGUUUGCUAUCGAGUCUGCGAAUUCCCAGGAGUCCGUGGUGCGGCUGGAGGACGACAUCAACAGCCUGAAGGAGGAGAUGGCGAGGCACCUGCAGGAAUACCAGGACCUGCUUAACGUCAAGCUGGCCCUCGAUAUCGAGAUCGCCACCUACAGGAAGCUGCUGGAGGGAGAGGAGAGCCGAAUCACUGUUCCUGUCCAAAGCUUCUCAAACCUUCAGCUCCGAGAAACCAACCUGGACACCAAACUGUCUCCCGAGUCUCAUGUGAAGAGGACCGUUCUGGUUAAAACCGUGGAGAUGAGAGACGGGGAGAUAAUCAAGGAGUCGACGGCAGAGCGUAAGGACCUGGCCUGAGGGUCCCCCCUGAGCCUGAAGCAGAGCAAGGCUCUAUAGCAAGCUUAGCUUCUCCCCCCACUGUAGACUAGACUGCUGUGACCAGUACUGACCUGUGCCUCUGUGUGCCUGUCUGUCUGCGAGUGUGUGUCUGUGUCUCACAGUGUCUGUCUGUCUGUCUGUCUGUCUGUCUGUCUGUCUGUCUGUCUGUGAGUGUCUGUAAAGGGUCGUGUGUGUGUGUGCGUGAGUCUGUGUGUGCGUGAGUGUGUGUGUGUGUCUGUGUGUGUGUGCGUGUGUGCGCGUGUGUGUAUGUGUGUGUGAGUCUGUGUGUGUGUGUGUCUGUCUGUCUGUCUGUGUGUGUGUGUGUGUGUGUGCGAGUCUGUCAGUGUGCGUGUGUGUGUGUGUGUGUGAGUCUGUCUGUGUGAGUAUGCGUGUGUGUGUGUGUGUGUGUGAGUCUGUCUGUGUGAGUGUGUGUGUGUGAGUCUGUGUGUGUGAGUGUGCCUGAGCCUUCAGUGUGAUAAGCUUAGAGAAGUCCAAUUCCAGUAUAAAUGAGCUGUGGGUUUGCUAUGCUAACCCCAAGUCCCGCUGUCCCCAUUCCCUCUAUCCCCAGCCCCCGCCUCCCCCAGUCCCGCUGUCCCCCGUUCUCCCCAGUCCCACUGUCCCCAUUCCCUCUAUCCCCAGCCCCCGCUCUCCCGUCCCUCUGUCGUAAGUCCCUCUGUCCCCAGUCCCGCUGUCCCCAGUCCCUCUGUCCCCAGUCCCUCUGUCCCCAGCCCUGCGGUCCCCAGCCCCCCGCUGUCCCCAGUCCCUCUGUCCCCAGUCCCACUGUCCCAAGCCCCUGCUCUCCCGUCCCGCUGUCCCCAGCCCUGCUGUCCCCAGUCCCACUGUCCCAAGCCCCCGCUCUCCCGUCCCACUGUCCCCAGCCCUGCUGUCCCCAGUCCCACUGUCCCAAGCCCGCUCGUCCGGCACGCAGUCUGCACUCUCCCUGGAAGCUCUUGCUACUCACGUAAUGCAGUUUGUUUGUUUUGUGAAUACAGUGACAGAAAGCAAUUGGGGAUGUUUUAUGGUCUUGGUGUAUGUUAAGCUAAGGGAGAGAGGGAGUGAAAGAGAGAGAGAGCACGAGAGAGAGGGAGAAAAGGAGAGAGAGAGAGCAGUAUUCCAGGGUGCAGGGAAGAAGGGAUUCGAAUUAGAAAAGGAGGGUUGAUGUUUCCUGAGGGCACUCUCUUACAGAGACUCACUCCACUUUAGGGACAGAGAAAUCUAGGGCAGUGUUUGAUAGACAAGCACUUUGACCCUCACUCUUACCAGUCCUGGUUUGCUUUUGUUUACUGUCUCGAUUGUAGCCACAGAAACAAGCCAGGAUAGAAAACAAAGCUGUUCUAAAAACCCCGGUCUAAUCUGAAGAGAAGAGGCUUCUUUGUCAAACCCCACCUCUUACACAGGCCCUCUACCUCGCUACCCCUACAGUGAACCAACCCCUAAUCGAGAGCUCAAUGCCUCUCACACGUCACUCCACCUGCUCAACCUGCAGCAACGCCCCCUUAUCUCCCCCUGCUGGGGCUAAUAAAACUUACAGAGCACUUAUAGAAACCCCAGCAUGGGGGCAGUCCCCUGGGAGUCCUCCCUCCUCUGUGCUGCCCACAGUCUCCUCUCCCAGCUCACACACUGUAGCAUGCAGCUUCCAGCCCUGGUCACAGCAGUCUGGAGCAAUGGGCACCCAGCACUGAGCAGAUAGAUAGCAGAGCACAAGAAGCCCAGCACAACGUUACUGACCAUACUUCGCUCUCGUUUUAAUGAGGAACGGUAAAGUUCUGUAUCUUUAGGAGUGGCAGCCUGUAACCGUUUAACAAUAAUAAAAAGAAACUGUAGAUGAACUUGC